UGUGGGGACAGGCUACAAGUCACUAGACUUUAGAGAGAGUUACUGAUUGACACGCUGAGAUGGAACGCACCUGUCGUCUACUCUUGCUGUUGAGUACACUGGUAUACUGUAGCCUCGGACAAGGUGGAGCCUCUCUGAGUGUCAGUCCUGACAGAUCUCAGUUCUUUGAAUUUGAGUCUGUCUCUCUGAGCUGUGAGGUUCAGGGGAACUCGACUGGAUGGAGAGUGAUGAGGAACGCAGAGAGAGGAAACCUUUCAGAGUGUAGUACUGACUGGGGAAAACAUCAAGGGUCUUCAUGCAUCGUGUCACUAAUACCAUCAUCCAGUGGAGUGUACUGGUGUGAGUCUGGGUCUGGAGAACACAGCAAUGCUGUCAACAUCACAGUACAUGUUGGAGCUGUGAUCCUGGAGAGCCCUGCCCUUCCUGUGACUGAGGGAUAUUCUGUGACUCUGCGCUGCAGAUAUCAGGGAACUCCCUCUGACCUCACAGCUGUUUUCUACAAAGAUGGAUCCCUCAUCAGGGCUGAGACUACAGGAGAGAUAACCAUCCCUGCAGUAUCCAAGUCAGAUGAAGGACUCUACAAGUGUUCCAGCUCUAAAGGAGAAUCACCAGAGAGCUGGAUGACUGUGACAGAUGCAGGUCCAACUCCCAUUCCAUCUCCAGCAGUCCCAGUGUUGUCCAUGUCUACACCCAUUCCAUCUCCAGCAGUCCCAGUGUUGUCCAUGUCUCUACCCAGGCUGCUGUGUAGUAUACUGGUGGGGUCUCCCUACCUGCUGGUGACCAUCAUACUGCUGGUGAAAGGCUGCAGGAGCAGGACUCAAGGGUAAACCAGGAUACCCAGGAAGACCCACCAAGACCAAUUAGGUGACCGUGUUGAAGAAGAGUGAGGCUGAGAUCACCUGAUCACCAUAACAACCAUCAGAAUGGAACUCAUGGAAUUCUAAUAUAGAACUGUGAGUCACAAUGUUGUAUGUUGUUACAUUGUAGCUCCACCUGCUGGAACAAUAGUGGCAUUUGAUCAAAUGUGAUCUAUUAACUGAUACAUGUAUUAUUCUGAUUGGAAUGUGUUUUAAUAUGUGUGUUGUAUUAUUCAUUCAGCAGCUGUCCUUUAACAUCAGUCAUAUACUGGUCAUAUACUGUAUAGCAUUAUGGUUGAUACAUUGUAAAUGCCUUCACUUCUCAUGUCUAUACAGAUCAACUGAUAGGUGUUGUGGUUCAGGCAUUAUUGUUACAGGUUCAGUAUAAUGUUAUACCGUUACAUGUUACAGAGAUAGAAAACAUACAGGAGAGGAGAAUUCAGUUAUUACAAUUAUUUACUUCCCAUUUUGGUCUCAUGUUAUUUUGUUUAAACAUAACUAAUGUAGGGCUUUUGUUUCAUUGUGGUUGUUUUGUGCAAAACCAUUAUUUUUCUAUGAGUCAUCCUGGUAAGAUUAUUGCUUUUGUCUUUGUAGCAAAUAGAAAUAAAUAAGUGAUUUUCCUCAA